GCGGGCGGGACUACACCUCCCAGGGUACCCCGCGCCGCGGCCGUGUUGUGCCUCCGUGUCGGGGCGAGGAGGAGGAUGGUGACAGCGGGAGGAUGGAGUCAGUUUUAUCUAGGUAUGAAAACCAGAUCAAUAUUUUGUCAGACUACUUAGAAGAAUUUCCCGAAACUGAUGAGCCGGUGUGGAUUCUAGGAAGGCAACACCACCUAAACACAGACAAAUCUAAGUUACUGUUGGAUAUAAGUGCUCGUCUCUGGUUUACGUAUAGAAGAAAGUUUUCGCCUAUUGGAGGCACCGGUCCUUCGUCUGAUGCUGGCUGGGGAUGUAUGCUGCGAUGUGGGCAGAUGAUGCUGGCACAAGCGCUGAUCUGCAGACAUUUAGGAAGGGAUUGGCAAUGGGAAAAACACAAAAAACAACCAGAAGAAUAUCACAGAAUCUUACGGUGCUUUCUAGAUAGAAAAGAUUGCUGUUAUUCCAUCCACCAAAUGGCACAGAUGGGCGUUGGAGAGGGGAAAUCAAUUGGAGAAUGGUUUGGACCAAAUACAGUUGCUCAAGUACUGAAGAAGCUUGCUUUAUUUGAUGAAUGGAAUUCAUUAGCAGUUUAUGUAUCUAUGGACAAUACAGUGGUCAUUGAAGACAUCAAGAAGAUGUGCUGGUCCCCUCCCCAGAGCAGCGGCGCGGCCCACAGCAGCGCACACGUGCACAGAAGUGCUCUUGGCUGGAAUAAGAACGCAGCAGGAUUCUGCGCAGGCUGGAAGCCCCUCUUGCUUAUUAUACCUCUACGGCUAGGGAUAAAUCACAUAAAUCCAGUGUAUAUUGAUGCGUUUAAAGAAUGCUUUAAGAUGCCACAGUCUUUGGGAGCAUUAGGAGGGAAACCAAAUAAUGCCUAUUAUUUCAUAGGAUUUUUAGGCAAUGAGCUGAUCUAUUUGGACCCUCACACCACUCAAAGUUUUGUAGAUUGGGAAGAAAAUGGCACAGUUGAUGACGAGAGCUUCCACUGCCAGCAAGCCCCACACAGAAUGAAGAUCAUGAAUUUGGACCCUUCAGUAGCUUUAGGCUUCUUUUGCAAAGAAGAAUGUGAUUUUGAUAACUGGUGUAGUCUUGUACAAAAGGAGAUUCUUAAGCAACAGAGUCUACGGAUGUUUGAGCUGGUCCAGAAGCAUCCACCACACUGGCCUCCUUUCAUACCUCCUACAAAGCCAGAAGUGACAACUACAGGAGCAGGUGCGGUACCCACUGAGACUACUAUUGUGCAGCAGAACCGUCCUCCUUAGCAAACCGAAGAAUAAUCACAGAACUCAUUGAAUCUACUGACAAGCUAUUUGAAUUGGAAGAAGAAUUUGAAAUCCUGAGCGUAUGAAGGAAACUGUGGUGACCCUUCUGAGUAUUGAACAUAUUGCUAAUAUUAUUGCAUUGACUUAAAUCAAACAGCCAUGUUAGCCCCAAAGUGCCUGAAAUGACAGAUAGCAGAGCACAAACACCUAGUAGCAUCCAAACCUCCAACAGUGACAGUUCCUGCUGUCAAAGCGCUUCCCCAGCUGGAAAGGCAGUAAAAGAUCUUAUAAUAAGACCCUUAAAGGGAACCUCUUUUUAAUGUGUGUCUUUCCUGAAGAGAAACGGACCUUUGCGAUUAAGGCAAAAAUAAGUAUGUCACUGGGCUGUAUGUUUGGAGAAAGGGAUAACACGAAAUGGAUAUUUCUUGCUCUCGUAUAAUGCAAUAGUUUAGUUCUUAAAGCAAAACAGUCUUCAGUUAAGGAGGAUGUUUACUUCUGUUCCCUCCUGUGGGCUGCAUCCUAGAAAAAAUACAUUUGUCUUGUUUAAAAGAUCGACUGGAUCAGGAGAAAAUUGUUUCCUUGUUAAAUAUUUUAACAUGUAUUUGAGCAACCACACUUUAUUACAAAAAUGUUUCUGUCAAAGGAACUAUGUCUAAUGUAUACGUUUUGCAAUAGCCUUCCUGUUUCUGGGAAACCUCAAGAGGAACAGGAGACUCAAAUAGCUGAUAUAGAUCACAACCACUGUUAUAGUUAUGAUAUAUUUCACCUUGACCUUAAAAUUCAAAUCAUUAAAACUUAGGCUGACUUUUCUUUUGGAGCUACAAUGAGUCAAAGGUGGUUUAACUGUACCUUAUUUAUUUUAAAAAAGAUUUACACAAGUUUCUCUGUUACAGCACUUUAUCUGUGCAUCUAAUAAAUUUCUUAAGCUUUUCAUAGGUUGUAUGCUGCUAUAUUUUGUUAAUUUGUUUGUGUGAACUAAGUAUAAACCAGGUUAUCUGAAAACUUAAUAUAUAGGCAUAUGCAAAUUACGUAAUUGUUGUUCUUUGACUUGUUGCCUUUUGAAAUCUGUUUUGGUAAAGUGCCUUAACUCUACAGGUGUAUGAGAACAGCCUGUGCAGUUUUAUUUCUAAGGCAGAGUAUCUUUCCAGCAGCCAUAAGAAAAACAGCUCAGAAUAAUUAAAGGCAAAGAUCUUUUAAUCCUUUAUAAAUUUCCUCUUUACUAUCGGACAGUCCCCACUGUGGUCGUUUUGUCACGAUAGUGUAAUGGACAUGGAUCGCACAGUUUCAUCUUCACCAAUAAAUGACAACAUAGAGAAAUACGGAA